AUGGGCGGAUUAUCGAACAACGGAGUGAACGGCAACGGAGCGGUGGCCACAGAAUGCGACACGCGUGAGUUGGAAGCCUUCGCCGAGCACUUCAAACAACGCCGCAUAAAGAUCGGAGUCACUCAGGCAGACGUCGGAUCGGCUCUCGGCAAAUUGAAAAUCCCGGGAGUCGGAUCACUCAGCCAGAGUACGAUUUGUCGCUUCGAAUCCCUGACUCUCAGCCACAACAACAUGGUCGCCCUCAAGCCAGUUCUGCAAGCCUGGCUGGAAGAAGCCGAAAAAUCAGCUCGCGAAACUCGAUUGAGGACGGAAUUAUUUGGCGCAAACGGCGGCGUCGGAAUGGGCGGAUUGUUAGCGGAUAAAAAGCGGAAGCGGACGAGUAUAGCCGCUCCGGAAAAACGAUCUCUCGAGGCAUAUUUCGCUAUCCAGCCGCGGCCUUCUGGUGAGAAAAUAGCUCAGAUAGCCGAUAAAUUGGAUCUGAAGAAGAACGUAGUCAGAGUUUGGUUCUGCAAUCAGCGGCAGAAACAGAAGAGGAUGAAGUUCUCGGCGGCUGGCAUCCAAGGAGGACAUUGA